UAGGCUCACAUCACAUGUCGCCGUCGACCAAACCCAUAUGCGGUGGAAUCAUUCGAGCCAUGCUCACUCUAAGAAUCAUCCUUACCAAAGCAACCAUAGUAUCAAACAGUCUGAUAGUGCAUGCUAAGUGGAGUAGUAGGCCCCUGCAUGCAUGGCUAGAUAGAUAAUCUACUCUACCCAUUUUGGAACCUCCCUGUCUUCCUCGGGCGCGCAGCUAAAUUCUGCUAUUUAUACGUAGGCUGAUCACGACUAGACCUGCUGCGUCUGUGUGCUGAUUUCUCUGCUGCUUUUUUCGAGCCAAGCAACAAAGGGAAACCAGAGCCUCGCCACAUCUCUAUCUGCUGCACAUCAACGUCAGGGGAUCGAUCAAAGCUAAAACUACGCCAGAUAGAGACACAAGAACAGAUUUCCCAUAUAUAUAUGUAGAUAGAAGACCAUAGUACUAUCGGCAGCUAGGACCAUAGUAUCACACACACACUCACUCUCUCUUCUUCCAAUCGCCGGCCACUUGUCACUCUCCUCUGCUCACUGCUCCCAAGGUCGAACAGAGGAGCUCCAACUCCAUCACCUCCUCUUCAGCAUCAGGAGGGGCAGGAGGAGGAGACGCCGUAGCACUUCUGCGAAGCAAGCUAGUUAGCUGGGCACGAGAGAAUUCAGGCUGUGGUGAACUGAUCAGCGAUCAGUCGCCUGAUCUAGCGGCCGGAGGAAAGCAAGAGAAGUCCGGGCAGAGCGAGCCAUGGGCGGCAUUGCUGGUGGUCGAUGCCGGAUCAGUGGGCUGGCCCUGCUCGUCUGCGCGGUGCUCUUGUCGGCGGCGACGAUGGCGAAAGGCAUCAGGACUGGGGCAGUUGGUGGCAUGGGUGCUCCUGGUCCGGCUGCUGCCGCGGCACAGGCUGCCACCCUAGUCGCGGCUCCUCCCGUCGCCGCUGCCGCCACGGCACCGCCUUCGGAGCGAGCUGCAUUGGAGGAUCCAUACAAGAACAGCAAGAGGAAGGUGCCGAACGGGCCCGAUCCGAUUCACAAUAGGAGAGCCAGAUGGGGAGACGCACCGGCAAGGAGAGUGUAAGGCAGGACAGGGAGCAAUCACGUAGACCGUAGAUCAAUGUUGAGAGGCUCGGCGAGCGAGCAGAGCACACGAACAUUGAGGUGGAAUGGAAGGUUCCAUGGCUAAGAGCCAUGCAUGCAUAUGGUGGUGCUCAUGAUGGUCAAGGGGCAGUUAUAUAGUUAUAAGUAUUCAUUCAUGUAUUAGUAGUAGAUACAGAGGGGUAGAGGAAGAUGCAUGGUGCACACUCCAUGGCACCGUGGUUGCUUUGGUCAAAGUGCUGCUUUGUUCUCCUCUCUUGAUGAGGUUUUGUUCUUUUUCUUUUUCUUCUUUGGAGGAGGGGUUAAUGGUGUUAAAAGGAGCACUCCAACUUACUCACUUCUCAUUCACAGAGUAAAGCUCAAAGAUUCUUCGCAUGCAUAGAUUCUACUUCACCGAAGUAGCUUUCAUUCUUCCCAAUGAUCUCUUUAAUAAUGGACCGUAUGUUUGCAUGCUUUCAAAGGACUCAAAGGACUAGUGAGCAAGU